AAAAAAAUGGAGAACACGAGCUAACAUUAGCAAACAUGCUCACCACUGCUUGCAUUGCCGGAAGUAAGAGUACAAACAAAUCUCGCGAGAUGUCGGCGGUGCUCAUGCGGAAACGUCACACGAUGAUUUGCAACGCGAAGUUGAUGCUGCGAGCGAGUUUGGGACUAUGAGUGAACUGUUUGACUGUGUGCAUCCCGCCGAAUGGAGGCGAGUUGAAGGCAAAUAUUGGGACGUGGUGGAGGCCAAGAGCAACGCCAAGAAACCCGGCAGGCUCCUCCAACUCGAAAAAUGGUACCAAGAGGAGCUGCCGGCUGUCAUUUCAAGUCGAUGUGACAAACACGUCACUCGGUCAGAGGUGGUCAAGCUGAUGGAGUGGAAGCUCACCAGAGGGAAGUUCAGGCCUCGUCUGCAGCAGCUCAUUUCUUCCAACAGCGAGGACGCCGUGGACCAAUGCUCCCGGAAGGCCUUCGGCCUCCUGCCCGACGUAGCGGCGGCCGUCGCGGAGCUCAGCUCGCUGAAAGGAGUCGGCCCGGCCACCGCGUCAGCGGUGUUGGCGGCGGCGGCUCCCGACCGGGCGGCGUUCAUGUCGGAUGAAGCCGCGGAGAGCGUGCCGGGGCUCCGACCCGUCCGGUACACGGCCGGACACUACGCGCUCUACCUGGACAAGAUGGUGGACAUGACCAACAGACUUAACCGAGCGGACCCUCGCCCCGAUUGGACCCCCCAGCGGCUUGAGCGCUGUUUGUGGGCGCUGACCGUCGCUAGGCAACAGCAGCUGCCGAUUCUCGAGGAUCUUGACGUGAAGGGCGGCGGCGCGGCGGAAGAGCGGGCGGACGCCGAUCGCGGAGCAAGCGGCAAACGUAAAAGAUGAACAACUGUGGAAUGUUUUUGUACUUUGGUAAUAAUAAAAUCUUUCGUGGAAAUCAG